UGUGUGAGUGACAGACGGACAUCGCACCGUGAUCGGUCGUUUGCCCGUGGUUGAAGAUAGAAUAAUUUUAUAAAAAGAAAAUUAGAUUUUAUAUUAUUCUUUAUUGAAUUAAAAAAGCUACCUUAGGCCAACAUGUCGUGGUUAUUUGGGUACAGUUCUACGCCUCCGCCACCCUCUGAUGUUCCACCUGCAGAUUCUGGAGGGUCUGCCGCACCCCCAACUAACCUAACCAAAUCUGAAAAGAAAGCCAUGGAAGCCUAUCGUUUUGACUCUAGUGCUUUAGAAAGAGCUGCACAAGCAGCUAGAGAACUAGAACGCUCAAAACAUUCAAAAGAAGCCUUGGAGUUAAGUAAGCUACAGGAAAGUACCAAACAGACAGAACAAAUGGCUAAAAUAAAAGAAUACGAAGCUGCCAUAGAACAAGCCAAAGUCGAACAGAAGAGAAUUGAUUAUGAAGAGCGCAGGAAAACAUUACAGGAGGAAACUAAACAACACCAAAUGAGAGCCCAGUAUCAAGAUCAGUUGGCUAAAAAGAGAUAUGAAGAGCAGCUUGUACAACAGCAAAAAUCACAAGAUGAAAUCCUUAGAAAACAAGAAGAGAGUGUAGCAAAGCAGGAGGCAUUACGGCGUGCUACUAUUGAACAUGAAAUGGAGCUAAGAGAGAAGAACAAACUCAAAGCAAUUGAGGCCGAAGCUCGAGCCAAAGCUAAAGCUGAUCGGGAAAACCGUGAUAUCACAUUAGAACAAAUAAGAUUAAAGGCAGCUGAAAACAGAACCACUAUUCUAGAAGGUAUCAAGACAGCAGGGAGUGUUGUGGGCACUGGCCUUAAUGCCCUUGUGACUGAUUGGGAUAAAACUCUAGCUGCUGCUGGAGGAUUGUCACUUUUGGCCCUAGGUGUAUACUCCGCUAAAGGGGCAACAUCAGUUGCUGCAAGAUUUAUUGAGGCUCGCAUUGGCAAACCCACCCUUGUGAAUGAAACAUCUAGAUUCUCUUUACUGGAAGCUGUUAAACAUCCCAUACUCACCAUUUCCAAAGCAAUUCAGAGUUUCAAAAAGCCAUCAGAUGCUUUAGCAGGCGUUGUUCUCGCACCAACCCUUGAGCGACGACUUCGAGACAUUGCUAUUGCAACUAAAAAUACGCGUUUGAACAAGGGAUUCUACAGAAAUCUCCUUAUGUAUGGACCUCCUGGAACUGGUAAAACUUUGUUCUCAAAGAAACUGGCAAAACAUUCAGGCAUGGAGUAUGCUAUACUCACUGGUGGUGAUGUUGCCCCCAUGGGAAAGGAUGCUGUUGCAGCUAUACAUAAAGUAUUUGAUUGGGCUAAUACAAGCAAAAAAGGUGUACUCCUCUUCAUUGAUGAAGCUGACGCAUUUCUGAGAAAGCGUUCCUCUGAAAGAAUUAGUGAAGACUUGAGAGCAGCACUCAAUGCAUUCCUGUACAGGACAUCUGACCAAAGCAAUCGGAUUAUGUUGGUGCUUGCUUCAAACACGCCUCAACAAUUCGAUUCUGCAAUUAACGAUCGUCUCGACAAGAUGAUUGAAUUCGGCCUGCCUGGUAUUGAGGAGCGCGAACGAUUGAUUCGUCUUUAUUUUGAUACCUUUGUUCUUAAGCCUGCAUCAGAAGGAAAGAGGCGAUUGAGUGUAGACCAAUUCGACUACAGUGCAUUAUGUACAACACUCGCCGCCCGGACUGCUGGUAUGUCUGGCAGAGCACUCUCCAAGCUGGGUGUUGCAUGGCAGGCGGCAGCUUACGCCUCUGACGAUGGACGCCUUACUGAGCAAAUGUGUAUUGAUAUAUGUGACGAUGCUGUUCAAGAUCACCGUCAAAAGAUGGAAUGGCUGUCAUCUGAAGAGAAAUCGCGAAGUAUGAUGCCAUAUCUUCUAGACUUGCCGCCUUUGGAUGUAGAACACAAUGAAACAGCUCAAAUUGUUAGCAAGAAGCAUUUAGUGGCGGAGGAUACAAAUGAAUCCAAAAAUGCACAAAAGAAGAAAGAGGAUAUUGUUGAAUUAGAAAAGUGACACAGUGUUAAAUCUACUAACAUGGCAGAUGUAGCUGUAAACAACUUAAUAUGUUCCAGUCCCACACAAAAUAUUGCUAGCUGUGAUACAAAUCAAAAGUAUAAAUACAAUUGUAAAAGGUCUGACUUCAAAAAAUUCAUUGUACUGAAUGAUCAGGAUAUGGAAGUUUUGCGUAAAUUAUCUCAAAAAAACAAAGUUGUCACAAGACAGAAGUGACUUAAAAAUAAUAGUUAUUAAUGUAUCGUUUUAUUAACAGAGCGUGUAAUUAGGACUCAACAAGGAUGUUAGGCAUGGGAUAGAUAACUUUUAUAAACAAAUCCUUGUUUAAGAGGUGUAGGGAUGCGUUCAAAUUACGAAACUAAUGUUUCACACAUAAACGCGAACUCAUCAUUAUGUACGUACCAAAAUUGUACUAUCUAAUGUUUUGGUACCCUAUGUUUUUAUCUCCUAUUCUUAGUAAAUAAUGAUGUUUGUAUGCUUUGUGCAAAGCAGAAUAAAAUAUAUUGGUACAAAAGUAUAGUAAACAUUUAAGCUUCCUAUCCAAAAGGCGUAUGUUGUAAGUCAGCUGUAAAAUAUGCAUUUUGUAAUAUGUCAUUAAUCGAAAUGUGUCAUUAUUUUAUUGGGUUUUAAGCAUCAAGAUGCAUGAUUCAAGAUGUGCGUGUGCAAUUUGCCUGCUAAUAUGUAGAUGCUAAAUAGAUGCUACAAAUAAAUUGUAAUAAAAUAAGCAUUUAUUUAGGAGUUUUAUAUAUUCAGAGUAUUUGGUUGUUUUAUCUAUAAUAAAUAGUUUGUGGAGGUCA